CAGAGCUGUAAGGGAUUAAUAGUGCACUAAUAACGCUGAGCUCUUCACACGGAGGCGAGAAACACCGCUAAUGACAAAAUGGCAUCAGUUAACGAGCUACAUUAUGGACACAGAGACUCUGUGGAUCAGAACUUUGAUUACAUGUUCAAGAUCCUGAUCAUUGGGAACAGCAAUGUGGGAAAGACCAGCUUCCUGUUCCGCUACGCUGACGACUCAUUCACGCCGGCGUUCGUCAGCACAGUUGGCAUUGACUUCAAAGUCAAAACCAUCUACAGGAAUGACAAGAGGAUCAAACUGCAGAUUUGGGACACAGCCGGUCAGGAGCGAUACAGGACGAUCACUACAGCGUAUUACAGAGGAGCAAUGGGCUUCAUCCUGAUGUAUGACAUCACUAAUGAGGAGUCAUUCAGCGCUGUUCAGGACUGGUCCACUCAGAUUAAGACGUACUCCUGGGAAAAUUCUCAGGUGCUGUUAGUGGGAAAUAAGUGUGAUCUGGAGGAGGUGAGAGUAAUCACUGUGAACAGGGGGAGAGAACUGUCACAGCAACUCGGUUUGGGUUUUUUAGAAACAAGUGCGAAGGCAAAUGUGAAUGUGAAGCAGACGUUCGAGUGUUUAGUCGAUUUAAUCUGUGAGAGAAUGAAGGAUAAUCCAGACGCAAUGACGAACAGCAGCAAUCCUCAAGGGGCAGAUCUGAACAAACAACCACAACGAUCACACAAAGACUGUGCAUGCUGAACACACACACACACACACACAAACACAAAUGUAUAAGAUGACAUAUUUGAAUCAAAUCCCAAUUUUUAUUAAAUGUCAACAGAAAAAGCUGCAAUUUAAUUCAAUUCUAUUUUUGUUGGUAAAUAACAUUAGACACCAUACGUUUAAUGUGAGUUUAAACUUAAAUGGGAGAUUUUAUUUAUUAAAGGAGUUUAUUAUAGUUUCAAAACUGUCGAAAAAGA